AUGGCUGACGUCUCCAUCAAGAAAAUCUCUCCGAAGCUCGGGGGAGAAAGAGGAACCCGAAACCCUAGAGGCCCAAGUUCUUCACAUGACCUCGUAGAGCAAAUGGAGUUUCUUUACGUGGAAUUAACAAAAGUGGAGCAUGUACCCCAGACAUGUAUCCCCAUCGUCGACAUCACUCUCGGAAACUACAAUUCCUCUACCAGAGAUCUACCAGUUAGACCUAACUGGGAGUGGAACCAAGUCUUUGCUUUCGACAAAUCCAAAGCCGAUGUCUUGUCCUUCUCUCUGAAAGACGGUUAUACAAAUACUGAGAUUGGCAAACGAAGUUUCAAGCUGCCCGCGGAUAUUCCGUCAAGGGUUCCCCCCGAUGCAAGAAUAGCGGCAACGAAUUACGACAUGCAGAACACUGGCAUGAAAUUAGUGAUGUCGAUUUGGUUCGGUACACAAGCCGACGAGGUCUACUCAACCGCUUGGUUUUCGGACACGUGUGGUGUGAGUGCUAGUUGCGUGAAAAACACGCGACCUAAUAUCUACCUAGCUCCAAUGCUCUGCUACCUUAGGGUUACGAUUGUUUCAGGUCACGAUUUGAUUUCCCACGACGGAAGACGGCCUCCUUCAGCUUUCGUGGAGGUACAAGUAGGUGAACAAAAACUAAAAACCGGGAUCUCUACCGGUUCGAACCCGUCGUGGAAUCAAGAUCUCAUCUUCGUCGCAUCGGAGCCGAGUAUUAGAGAGAAGACUUCAAAGAUAUUACCCAUCUUAAACAACCCGGACCCGUACCGCUUCUGCCACUGCGACAUUAAACUGCCGGAUAACCCCCAACCGGCAGGGGAUACUAGGCGGUUCGCAAGCAAACUUAUAGUGAAGCUAGCUACGGAUCAGACCUACCACGUCUUCGACGAAUGCAGCCAAUACUGCAGCGACUAUCGCCCUUUCGCCAAAGGGCUAUGGCCUGGCGUGCUGGGCAAGUUAGAGGUCGGGAUCUUGGGAGCUACAGGGUUAACCCCGAUGAAGAACUCGCAGUUUCAGAGACACGCUUACACUGUAGCCAAGUAUGGGAACAAAUGGGCAAGGACUCGAACCGUGGUCAACAAUGCGUCUCCCAAGUGGAACGAGCAGUGCUCAUGGGAUAUUUACGAGAAGUGCACCGUCUUCACGAUUGGCCUCUACGACAACCAUCAGUUAGUGGUGAAUAGCGGCCUUGAUGAUGUUCCGAUCGGGAAAGUGAGGAUUCCGUUGAGUAAGCUGGACUGGAACAAGAUCUACACGGGCUCGUUUCCGAUCUUGGUGUUGGGGAAAGAAGGGUUGAAGAAAACCGGUGAGAUCCAGCUGGCGAUCCGAUGCGCUAUUCCUCCGCCAGCGUGGUUGUUUUUCUCGCCGUCCUACUUUUUGGCUACGUCUCCUUUCCGUUGGAUGCUGCCGAAGUCUCAUUACAAGGCCCCUUUGGGGCUGCUUCAGUACGAAGACCUGAGGUCGAAAGCCGUUGAGGUGAUAUGUUUUAACUUGAAUAAAACAGUGCCGAAGUUGAGAAACGAGGUGGUCAAGGACAUGUUGAAGCCGAGGAGUAAGAGGUUCAGUAUGAGAAGAACCAUAGCUAAUUUCGAGAGGCUGUGUAGAUUCUUCAUGUGGUUGUAUGGCCCGUAUGCUUGGCUGGAUGCGAAUCUGGUCUCCACGACGGAUGUUGGUCGGAAAGCGGUUACGUUUGGUGUCUGUUUCCUACUUGUUGUUGGCCAUCGCUUUUUUUUGUGGUUGUUGGUGGAUUGGUGGUUAUAUGCGUAUAUCGGUGGGGUUUAUAUUCUUUACCGAGUGUACAAGCUCAGGACCGUAGCGUUUAACAUGAUCAUGAAUCGGAGCAACCCUGCUACUCCUUUGGUUCUGGUGGAUUUGAAGCUGUCGAAGCUGGACUCUCCCAACCUAGACAUAUUAGACGAGGAGUUUGACUCGAUGCCAUCGUCGGAGUCUGACGUGUACGUGCUUAGGAUGAGGUACGAUAGGAUGAGGAAGAUGGGGGAGAAAAUCAUGUUGUUAGUGGGAGAUUUUGCGUCGCAAUGCGAAAGGCUUCAAGCGUCCUGGAGGUUAUGUACCGACCAUAUAGUCGUAGUAAUUUGCUUGGUGUUCCUCGGUUACGGAGUUCUUCGGUUACUCCAGUCUGAGACUGAGUAUGUGUUUAAGUCUGUCCUUCUCCUCUUUAUUUCCUAUUGGCUUAAAUUCCCGUGGCAUCGCUACGGUUUGCCAAGCGCCACCAAGAACUAUAUCAGAAGAUUUUCAUCCCACGAAGACCUCAUCAUCACCUGA